AUUUGACCUGGGAGAGGAAGAGAAAAGGUUGAAUUCUAACUUCCAAACAUUUCCUUGUGGAUCUGACUUUAAAAAGGUACAGUAUUGCUAAUGGCUCUGGUGCAAGAUACAACAGAAAUCUUUAAUCCAUUGUUAGAGAUCACCACUUAUGCCAUCACAAAUUCCACGAAGGAGUCAUCAGAUUUGUGCAUUACUCCUGAAGGCAUAGGCUGGCUAACUGAAUACCAACCAGUUUACAUGUGGAUCAUUUUUGUCUUGGGUUUCAUAGAAAACUUGAUUGUGAUUUGUGUCUACCUGUUGCACAAGAGUCGAAGUACAGUGGCCGAAAUCUACCUUGCAAAUUUAGCUGCUGCAGACUUGCUUUUGGUCUGUAGUUUACCCAUUUGGGCCCUUACCAUAUCCAACUCAUUCACCUGGGUCUUUGGAAGUUUUCUUUGCGUUGUUGUUAAUGCCCAGGCACAGAUAAACAUGUAUGCCAGCAUUUACUUUUUAUUGAUGGUCAGCAUAGACCGAUUCCUAGCACUUGUGAAGACAAUGUCAUCUGGGCGCAUGAGAGGAACUGGCUGCGCAAAACUUAACUGUUUAAUUAUUUGGAUAUUUGCUGUCUUGAUGAGCAUUCCUAAAGUUGCCUUUCGCGUUGUCACAUAUGUUGAACAAUUCAACACCACCAUGUGUCUCACUAAUGCGGGUCCGGAAUGGCAUGUUGCCUCAAAUUUCCAGCUAAACAUCGUGGGCUUCUUGAUACCAAUAAUAGGGAUUGCAUACUGCACCUUACAGAUUAUGAAUGUUCUGCGUAACAAUUCAAUGCAGAAGUUUAAGGAGUUUAAUACAGAAAAAAAAGCGACAGUCUUAAUCUUCACCGUCCUCUUGCUGUUCAUUGUGUGCUGGCUGCCUUUUCAUAUUUUCACCUUUCUUGAUACUCUGGAUAUCUUAGAGGUUUUUCCCAAGUGUGCUUUAUCUAACUUUUUUGAAAUUGGCAACCAAAUCUCAACGUAUAUUGCCUACAGUAACAGUUGCAUCAACCCACUUCUAUAUGUCCUGGUUGGGAAUCAUUUCAGAAAGAAAACGAUGGAAGUCUAUCGACAGCUUACAUCGAGAAGACACAGAGAGAGAAAUUUUUCCAUCCCCACUGACUUUUCAGCAGACACCAUAAGGACUUCAAUUUCAAUGGGAACCCAAAAUCGAAUAUUUUGAUUUGAAGAGUACCUUUUCAGCAAGGCUUGCAGCCAGAAAGGACUUUAUUAACAAAUAUUGAACAUAAUAUGAAUGUAAUAUAUCAAAGUACUGAUAAGCUGCAGUUAUUUAUUUCUCCGUUUUAUCUUGCUUUUAUGGAAUAGAAAGUCUGCUUUAAACUAUCAAACAAUUAGCUCAGGUGUUGUUAAAACAUUAAGAAUUGUAUUUAGACCUUGACCUCUGUAGCCUGAAAUUGUUUCUAUGGGCCAGCCUAUAGAGGCUCCCAAAGUCUCCCAAUUUAAAUCUUGACAGCCUAAUUUUAACGUGCUGUCCCACUAUGAGGAUUUUUUGGAAAACAAAUUGGACAGAAGGGCAAGUACUCCAAAUUCAUAACUGCCACCCCCAUCUAGAAAUCAGCCACAUCCUAAAUACAACAUGCAAUGUAUGCACUUUCUAACACAAUGUAUAGCUAAAUACCGUGGAGAAAUUGUGAUUUAAAAAAAAAUAAAAAUAACUUUCCAGUAGGCACAAUUCUACAUAUAUUAAAACUUUUACUGUAAAUAUUUUUGUAUGCCCUCAAAAACUUAAAGGGACACUAUAGUCACUAAAACAACUUUAGCUUAAUGAAACAGUUUUGUAUAUAUCAUGCCCCUGCAGUCUCACUUCUCUAUUCUCUAUUUAGGAGUUAAAUUACUUUGUUUAUGCAGCCCUAGGCACACCUUCCUGCAUGUGACUUGCAUAACCUUCCUAAACACAUCCUGUAAAGAGUCAUCUAAUGUUUACACUUCCUUCAUUGCAAAUUCUGUUUUAUUUAUUAUCUCCUAAUCUGCUAAUAGCUUGCUAGACCCCGAAAGGAGCUUCCUGUAUUUAAUUAAAGCUCAAUUUACAGAUCAGGAGAUACAAAUGUUUAAAGUAAGUUAACAUCUUAUUGAAAAUUAAAAAUUUUGUUUUCAUGCAGGCUGUGUCAGUCACAGUCAGGGGAGCUGUGGCUGCAUAAACAGAAACAAAAGUGAUUUAACUCGUAAAUGGCAGAGAAUUGAGCAGUGAGACAUCAAAGGC